AUGUCAACAACCCGCACCUGCAGAUGUAGCCUCGAUGGAGAACCAUCGGGCACGAUCACGACCACGACCACGGAGGAAGCUGAUGACGAGUCCUCCGAUCAGUCAACACAGCAGUCCAUGGAGCCAGUGUGUUGCUAUGAGUCCAGUAACACUUCAUGCCCGAGGACUAUUUAUCCCAUACACCUGCGUGGGGCUCUGUACAUCAUUUUUGGGAUCAUAAUUGUUCUGACAGUGUGUGGAAACCUUUUGGUGACUUUCUCAGUUGCUUAUUUUAAGCAGCUCCAUACUCCAACCAACUACCUGAUUGUCUCUCUGGCUGUGUCUGACCUGCUCGUAGGGUUGUUAGUCAUGUUCCCCAGUAUGAUCCGAACCAUAGAGUCCUGUUGGUACUUUGGUGACUUCUUCUAUAAAGUCCACAUGAGCUCAAAUGUCACGUUGUGUACAGCCUCCAUUCUGAACCUGUUAUCCAUAUCAGUGGACAGAUACUAUGCUGUUUGCCAACCUCUGCUUUACAGAAGCAGAAUAUCAGUUAAUGUAGUGCUGAUCAUGAUCCUGCUCACUUGGAGUGUUUCAGUUUUUUUAGGAUUUGGAAUGACUUUUCUGAAACUAAAUAUUUGGGGGGUUUACAGUGGACCUUCGGGUGUACUCUCAUCCCUUCUUGCCUUUUACAUGCCAGGUGUUAUAAUGCUUGCUGUGUACCUGAAGGUUUUGCUGGUGGCACAGAAACAGUUCCGCAGCAUACAGAGGGCAGGCUGUGUGAGCUCAGUGAAAACAUCAAGCCAGACUAAAGCCACUAAAACUCUGGCUGUUGUAAUGGGAGCCUUUCUUUCUUUUUGGACUCCUUUCUUUGUCUGUUAUGUCAUCGAUCCUUUCACUGGUUACUCAACACCUCCACAACUGUUUGAAGUACUUAUGUGGUUGGGAUACUUGAACUCUACAGUGAACCCUGUGAUAUAUGCAUUUUUUUACAGGUGGUUCAGAAAGGCAUUUCAGUUAUUAACCUCAGGUGAUAUCUUUAAAUCUGACAUGUCAGAGACAACACUCUUCACUGAAUAA